AUGGUGCCUGCAGUAAAAAUGGAGGCCCCUAUUUGUCUGGUGGAAAACAUCAAUGAAGUGAUGACAGUGAACAAGGAAGCCAUAGAGAUUCUUGAGAAGAUUUCUCAGCCGGUGGUGGUGGUGGCCAUUGUCGGACUGUACCGUACGGGGAAGUCCUACCUGAUGAACCGCCUCGCUGGACGGAACUGUGGCUUCCAGCUGGGAUCUACUAUUCAGUCUAAAACCAAGGGCAUCUGGAUGUGGUGUAUGCCCCACCCCAUCAAUCCAGAUCACACCCUGGUCCUUCUGGACACUGAGGGUCUGGGCGAUGUGGAAAAGGGUGACCCUAAGAAUGACUCCUGGAUCUUUGCCCUGGCCAUCCUUCUGAGCAGCACCUUUGUCUACAACAGCAUGGGCACCAUCAACCACCAGGCCCUGGAGCAGCUGCAUUAUGUGACAGAGCUCACAGAACUGAUCAAGGCAAAGUCUUCCUCAAAUUCAGAUGGAGUACAAGAUUGUACAGAGUUUGUGAGCUUUUUUCCAGACUUCAUCUGGGCUGUGCGGGAUUUCAAUCUUCAGCUACAAUGCAAUGAUAAUUUCAUCACAGCAGAUCAGUAUUUGGAGAAAGCCUUGAAGCUGAUUUCAGGUAUGCAAACAAAGACUGUUGCACAAGCAUCUAAUAGUACCAGGGAGUGCAUCCGGAAGUUCUUUCCAAAGCGGAAGUGCUUUGUCUUUGGCUGGCCAACAAAUAACAACAGUCUCCUGGCCAAUAUUGAGAAUGUCCGAGAGGACCAAUUGAAUCCUAAAUUCCUGGAACAAACCAAGACUUUCUGCUCUUAUGUCCUCACCCAUGAAAAGAGCAAGACUCUCAGAGAGGGAAUUGUGGUCACUGGGAAUCGGUUGGGGGCUCUGGUGGAGAGCUACGUGAAGGCCAUCAAUAGUGGGGCGGUGCCCUGCUUGGAGAACACGGUGAUCACUCUGGCUCAGCGUUGGAAUGCAGCAGCCGUGGAGAAGGCAGCCGCUCACUACAGCGAGCAGAUGGCCCAGCGAUUGCAGCUCCCCACAGACACGCUCCAGGAGCUGCUGGAUGUGCACGCGGCCUGCGAGAAGAAGGCCAUUGCGGUCUUCAUGGAGAACUCCUUCAAGGAUGAAGAUGGGAAAUUCCAGAAGAAGUUGGUGGAAACAAUAGAGAAAGAGAAGCAGGAUUUCUUACUAAAGAAUGAAGAGGAAUCUCAUCAAUACUGCCAGAAAGAACUGACUUUGCUUUCAAAAGCCUUAAUGGAAAGCAUUUCAGCAGGAAGAUUCUGUGCUCCUGGGGGGCACAAGCGCUACAUGGAAAUGAGGAAAAAGAUUGAGGAGGACUAUUGCCAAGUGCCCAGGAAGGGAGUCAAGGCAAGAGAGGUACUCCAAAAGUUCCUGCACUCCCAGGCAGCAACAGAGGACUCUAUCCUGCAGUCAGAUAAAGAGCUUACUAAGAGGGACAGGGCGAUCGCAGCGGGGAAGGCAAAGAAGGAGGCAGCUGAGAUGGAACAAAAAAUUUCAGCAGCAAGAAUACAGGAGGAAAAGCAAAAGCAAGAAGCUCUACAAAGGACACACAGGGAAAACAUGGAGCAACUGGAAAAGAAGCUAAUUUCAGAGAGAGAAAACCUCCUCAAAGAGCAGAAAAUGAUGUUGGAACAACAAAUGAAGAUUCAAAUGGAGUACUUAAAAGAAGGAUUUAAGAAGAAGUCUGAAGAAAUGAACGACGUGGUAAAGAGUAUGAACAAUCAACUCCAAGCUGUGGAACGUGAUAAUAACUCCUUUAUUACAGGAGCCUUGAAUAGCGUGGGUGAAGGGAUAGCUACAGUAUUGGGUGCGCCUGGCAAGCUUUGGGAAUGCUCUUAAAGGCAUUGGCUCACUUUUUAAGUAGCUUUGCUCUUCUUUUAAGAAAAUCAUAGAUUAUGGAUAUAGGUGUUGGUCUCUUCUGGGGCACAUGCUUUGCAUUUUCAUUCAGCAAAAUUUUAAGUAUAAGAGUUGCAUAGUGCUGUUCACCUGUGUCUGGACCA